UCUAGUUGUCUAUAAAUACAGAGAUGCUCACAAAGGCGUACAUAUCGGUGUUGAAGGACAGCUCCUCCUCUCUUCUCUCUUCUUCUUCACCACCCCAACAGCGGUAGAUCUCUCCCCUUUCAAAUUGCCCUCAGGUGGAAACAACAAAAUGGGGCUGUCUUUCACGAAGCUGUUCAGUCGUUUGUUUGCGAAGAAGGAGAUGAGGAUUCUGAUGGUGGGUCUCGAUGCGGCUGGUAAGACCACCAUUCUCUACAAGCUCAAGCUCGGCGAGAUCGUCACCACUAUUCCCACCAUUGGUUUCAAUGUGGAGACUGUGGAGUAUAAGAACAUCAGCUUCACUGUCUGGGAUGUUGGGGGUCAGGACAAGAUCCGACCUUUGUGGAGGCACUACUUUCAAAACACACAAGGACUCAUCUUUGUGGUUGACAGCAACGAUCGUGACCGUGUAGUUGAAGCUAGGGAUGAACUGCACAGAAUGUUGAAUGAAGAUGAGUUGACGGAAGCUGUUCUGCUUGUAUUUGCUAACAAGCAAGAUCUUCCAAAUGCCAUGAAUGCUGCUGAAAUAACUGAUAAGCUCGGCCUUCACUCCCUCCGUCAACGCCACUGGUAUAUCCAGAGCACAUGUGCUACUUCUGGUGAAGGACUGUAUGAGGGACUCGAUUGGCUCUCAAAUAACAUCGCAAACAAGGCAUAGAUGGCUCAACUCGAAUUUUGUGUUUCAAAUGUGAUGUAUCAAGAAGUUGAAGAUUGAUCCUUGGUUCAGCAUUUGCUACUGUCCGAACUACCUGUUUAUCAUUUGUCUUUUCUUUUGCAUACUCUCUCCCUCUCUCACCUGUAGUUUAACAAUAAUUCAUAGAUUCUUGUUAUUUUCUCCUUGUAUUAAUUUGAUAGCAUUGAUAUUACUGA